AUGGGGCCACCAUCACCUGACAUUGUGGAGCAGCCUGGCACAGUCCCAGCGGUGCCCCUCUAUGGGUAUGGAGCAAGAGAGAAUGACCAUGAAUACGUGCAAAGGAGAGUGGACUUCAAUUCCCCACUUUUCAAGCCUGAGACCGGAUUCCCGUUUGGGAAAACCCUGCGUGAUUCUCUCUACUUCACAGACAAUGGGCAGAUCAUCUUCCCAGCCUCUGACAGCAGCAUCCUCACACUCCCCAAUCCACCUGCCCGUGGAUUCACCGGCCGUGAGGAUGUUCCUAUGAUUGCUGUGUUCUGGGACAAUGCUGACUUCUCCAGGGGCACCGGCACCACUUUCUACCAGGAGUUCCUCACCCUGAACUCAGAGAAGCCACCAUUCAUCCGUGAUGUGGAAGCGAAGAUCCGGCGCUACCUGAGGUCCUCCUACUCCGCAGCCUGGACUCUGAAGAUCACUUGGGAGAAGGCACCUGCCUAUGGGGCACGUGGCAACAGCCGCAGGACAAACACAUACCAGGCUGUCCUCACCACUGAUGGCUUCAGGUCCUACGUCCUGAUCCUGUACCAGGAUGGAGGAAUGCAGUGGGACUACACCCAGCUGCCGGCCACCAAUGUGCUGAUUGGCUACACCAGUGGGGAUGGGUAUUACCGCAAUGAUGACCUGGCCCAAGGAUCUCCAGCUGCAAAAUAUCGCCCUGACCGCUAUAGAGGCUACAAUACAGAUCUCCGUGGGCUGUGGCUGUACAAGCUGGAGAGCCGCGUGGGCAUCAACUACCGCCUGAAGUGCCUGGCGUGGACGGGGCGGCAGCAGGAGCCCCAGGCAUGGAGCCAGGACCUGCCUGCCUGCCCCUGCUCCCUGCAGCAAGGCCAGCAGGACCAGCGCUUCAGGAGUGGUCGUGGAGCUGAUUGCAUCCCUGCUCCAGGCUGGGGGUCUGCUCGUGUCUCCAUGCUGCACUCUGCUUCACCCAACUCGCACGGUGCUGGUGUCCGCUGCCUGUAUGAUGGCCGGGGGCAGCUGGUGGAGGGGCGGCAGGAGAGAUACUGGAGGGCAUCCCGACAGGCAUCCCCAUACCGUGACCAGGAGCUAAAGCUGUAUGAUUGGUGCUGCAACCAAGCAGGGAGCGCUCGCCUCUGCGCCCGUUACAAUGAGAAGAGGCCGCGGAUUGGAUGCGAUGGGUACCGGGCAAACAGUGCGGACGAUUCCUCAGAAGACAGCGACUCGGAGGAGCAGAGAGAUGAGGAAGAGGAGUAA